CUGCAGAGUCAUUUUCUCCAGCCUCUCCCUCUCAUCGAUGCUACACCAUCUUUGUGCCUUAGUCUCUGACUUUCUACAGGAGCCAUGCAAGCUUUUGUUUCCAGGUCUUAUCUAGCUCCGGUCAAGGACGAAGAAGCUGAAUCGCAGAGGAAGGCAAAGUCCCGUCAUGCCAGGCAAACUCGCAGGUCAACGCAGGGUGUGACACUAACAGAGCUAAAAGAGGCUCAGAUGAGCUAUAGCCUGUCUUAUCAAGACAGAGAGAACAAGGAAGAAAACCCUCAAGGAAACAGGCUGUGUCUGAGAAGAGGCUUUGCAGAUGACUCUGGAGAUCAGAGUGGCCUGCUUGAGUCCAAAGAAACAUCUGAGGCUACUCUAAGCUGGCGUCAAAUAGACAAAGAGGGGAACAUUAACAAUGGGUUAGAGAGUGUUGCAGAGUCUCCAAACCUGACAAAUUUGUCUGCAUCUGGAUUGUAUGCUUUGCCUCAAACCUACAGCUUCUUUGAAGUUGGUGAGAGAAGGUGGAACGAUGAAAAUCAGAAUCCGUUCGAAGAUGCACCACAGGUAUCAUACACUACAAAGAUCCGGCAAAGAUACCACGUCUCUGAUGCUGAUGGCAUGGAGCAUGAAAGACUGUUGAGAUAUGACUCUACUGGAGAAAAUGCCACAGACAAACCUUUGGGCCGCACCAGCUCUUACACAAGAAGAGAGGCGAGGCUGGCAGCUCUCAAUAAACAGGAGGAAGACUCCACUGCCAAAGACUAUAAGAAGAUGUAUACAGAAGCUUUGCAAGAGAAUGAAAGACUCAAGUCUAAGCUGCAGGACAGCAAACAGGAGUUAGUGAAGAUCCGUUCCCAACUGGAGAAAGUUGCUCAGAGGCAGGACAGACUUUCAGAGCGAUCUACAGUUCUUGAAACAGAGAAAAGGGAAAAACAAGCUCUGGAGAAAAGAGUCACAGACAUGGAAGAUGAAGUAAAGGCUUUCCCAGCCUUGGCCCAAGUCCAGGCUUUGCGGAGAGUGAACGAGUGUCUCCUGGCUGAGAACAGAGCCAUGCUGCGUGUCCUAACUCGCCUCUCUGAGACAGCCUCCAUGCCAGAGACAGAGGACCUCUGAUCCUCGGGAUCUUCUAGCCUAUUUCCUCCCUAUUGUUCUCUUCUUCAGCCCUUUAAGUUUUAGUCUUCUCUUUCCUUCUGGCACUUUUACAGCUUCCACCCUUCCUCCUCCACUGUCCUCCCCUCAGGUCUUAAAAGAACUUAAGUCAGACAACCAGAGGCUGAAGGAUGAGAAUGGGGCUCUCAUUCGAGUCAUCAGCAAGCUGUCCAAGUGAAAAGAUAUCUACAGCUUUUCUUCUGGUGCUUCACUCUUCAUACAACUAUUUAAUUAUUCACAAGUUUAGUUAUAAUUAUUUUCCUUUAAGUGUUUUUCAUAUCCACAAGGGACCAAGUUUACCACUUGGAAGGCUGUUUCUCAUAAAGCAUAAACACCCUCUUUACACCUUUACAGCACCAAACUUUGAUGUAUUAUUAGGGGAUAGUUUGCAUGGACCAACAAAAACUGGUGCACAUCCUUGUAGUUGAAGAACAUGGAUUACAUUAAUUUUUAAAUAUUUGAAAAAUGUGCAUUCAGUCACCUUUUUUUAUAUUAAAACUGCAAGUCUUUGAGGUAGGAACUGUGUAUCUUUGCAGCACUUCCAGUGUAACCGUUGACCUCUAAGUUACUUUCAGUACUAAUUCUCCCCUUGCCUGGUCUAGAGGUUUAGAAGGAUGGUGAAGUCUUGAUAGAUUUUCAGUUGUUCCAAACUUUUGAUUUAUGGACCCUUUUUUUUAAUAACUUAUCCCAGCUAUAAACAUUUCAAUAACUCUAUCCCUGACCUACCUGGUGUAUUCAUUGGUUUCCAUGAUGCUGUUUAUUGUGUGACGACUUCGAAAAAUACUUUCAUAGAUCAGUGGUAUUAAAUUAAGGGUGGCCAAAAGGUGCAAACACACUGCAAAUAGAUCAAUAGUGUUUGCAGUACUUUAUGUAUUUGCAACUUUCAGCCACUGUAUACAUUGACUUAUGAAAGCAGGAACUUGCACAAUGUUUUUUAAGGUGUGAUGAUGAAAGGAGUUGAACGUGUAUUUCUCAACACAAAUGAAAACCAUGUAUCCUUUUCUCACGACUUUACAGCUAUGAGUUACUUUAAGAUGCUCUGCAUAUAAAAUCCCAAAUAAAUAAAUUAAAAUUUGUGGUUGUCAUUUGAGAAAAUGCUGAAAAAUGAGGAGUCUUUUUUUCCCCCAAAAGAUAUUGUACGUUUAAGGUCCAGUUCAAGCAAACUAAGGUUUGCUUAACCUUACACAGUAAUAUAUUAUAUCAUAUACUGUUGUACUGAUGGUUCAUGUUGUUGAUAGACAUUGCAGCACAUUUAUUUAUUAGUUCUUAACAGUUGGUUAUGUUACUGGAAUUAAUUAAUAGACUUGGAAAUAAAUGUUAAAAAUGUCUCCCAUAUUAUGUUGAGAAUAGAAAAUGUGUUCCUAUAAAGAGUAGUAAAACCUAAACAUAAAUAUUUGGGAUUAGGUUUGGGUGAAUUGAGAAUUUCCUCUGAUAUAACUUAGCUAAGCAAAGUCUAGUGCCUCACAGAUAUGGAA